AUGCAGGAGGAGUACGACGCGCUGCAGCGCAAUAGGACCUGGGAACUCGUUCCCCGGCCCCCUCGCGCCAACGUCAUCACCGGCAAAUGGGUCUUCAAGCACAAGCUCGGCUCCGACGGUACUCUCGAGCGCUACAAGGCGCGCUGGGUCAUGCGCGGCUUUCGGCAGCGCGCUGGCGUCGACUUCACGGAUACGUUUGCCCCGGUCAUCAAACCGGGCAUGAUCCGCACGGUGUUGCACCUCGCCGCCUCUCGCGCGUGGUCGGUGCAUCAGAUGGACGUCUCCAAUGCCUUCAUUCAUGGCCAUUUGCAGGAGCAGGUGUACUGUCAGCAGCCCAUCGGCUUCGUCGACACCGAGCGCCCCAAUGGCGUGUGCUUGCUCUCUCGGUUCCUGUAUGGACUGAAGCAGGCGCCCCGCGCCUGUCUUCGCGAUGAGUUCGCGUUGAAGGAUCUUGGCCCACUCCACUACUUCCUCGGCAUCGAGGUUGUCCGGCGUGCGGACGGGUUCUUCCUUCAUCAGCGGAAGUAUGCCCACGAGCUUCUCGAGCGUGCAGGGAUGCUUAACUGCAACCCUGUGCCUACUCCUGUCGACACGAAGGCCAAGCUCUCCGCCAGUGAUGGGUCGCUGGCGUCCGACGCGCCGUUCUACCGCUCCAUCAUCGGUGCUCUCCAGUACUUAACGUUGACGCGACCGGAGCUCCAGUAUGCCGUGCAGCAGGUGUGCUUGCACAUGCAUGCUCCUCGGGAUGCUCAUUGGGUUGCGGCGAAGCGGAUUCUCCGCUACGUCUGUGGUACCAUGGGCUACAGCUUGUCGUUGCAUGCUUCACCCUCGACGUCGACUGACCUCGUCGCCUACUCGGACGCGGACUGGGCGGGUUGCCCGGAUACGCGCCGCUCCACCAGCGGCUACUGCGUCUACCUCGGCUCGUCGCUCGUCUCUUGGUCCUCCAAGAGGCAGCCCACCGUGUCUCUCUCUAGUGCUGAGGCCGAGUACCGCGCCGUGGCUAAUGCUGUGGUUGAGUGCACAUGGCUUCGUCAGCUUCUGUCCGAGCUCUCUUGUCCUGUUGACAAGGCUACGGUUGGUCUUCUGUGA